CUGUCAGUGACAUUAGUUGCACGUAAGCUAUCGUUGUAAGCGUGUUGUGCCAAACUGUCGAGUGACAUUUUUCAUAUGCAAACUAUAAUGAACACAAUGCGAAUAUUGCAAAUACUGGCACUCUGCCUCGCUGUGGGCACAACAUUGUGUGCCCCGACAGAGAAAUUGUUGCGCAACACCGAGUUGAAUCUUAUACAAUUAAUAGAGGACACACGCUACGAACAACUCAACAAUCCGGAACAAAGCAAAGCUUGCUUCGACUAUUAUAUGCAAGUGUUCGACGAGCUGAAUGAGGAGUAUAUACAAAGCUAUGACGUGUGUUUGGCCACAGCAUCGGAUAAACGCGAUCAGGUUGGUGAGAGCACAAAGGCACAACGCGAUGCCAUUGACGAUUUGACGCUCGAUACAGUAACAGCACUGGAGAAUUGUAUGAUUCUCAAUGACUCCGUGUCGUACUUUGAUUGUUUUGCGAAAAAUGCCAAACAGGGCACCGAAAAUAUGUAUCAAAUUUCAGCGAACGCCAGUGAGACGCUAGCCGUGGUGACGGAAAGUUAUCGUGUGAUCGAAAAUGAAGAGAAUCGCUGUACGAAUGCCACAGGGCGCGUAUAUGUGGAAAAGACCUAUCAGGCGACUGAGGAUUUGCAGAGUUGUCUACGCGGCGAAACGACUGUGCCAACAAUACCGUCGACACCAUCAUCGGCGCCCCCCAUCGAGGGCUCCAGCUUGAUUGUACCCGACAUCAAUUGGAAAAUUAGUCAUUCUAAUACUGAUAAAUUUGUGCCCGAGGAGUAUUUGGUUGAAAUGAGAAGAAAAAAUAGAACUUAAAUAGUGAAUUAUAAUUAUAGUUAAUUCUUCUUUACUUUACUAUAGCCCGUAAUUUUUACAAGUGUGCCAGUAAACAAAUAAUAAUGAUAAUAAAAUCUUAUGGGUUAUUAGGUUUUGAUAGAAAA